CAACCAGUACAAAAGCCAGCCGCAGGAGUCACGCCUAAGCCUCCUACUGCAGCUUCUCAGCCACAUCUUCCACAGGAAGCGGUUCCAACUAUGACAAGGACCCAUGACGAGAUAAGAGUAUUAAGAGGAGGCGAAAUUCAACAACAUUAUCUUAGUAAUAUAGAAAAACCGGAAGAAGAACCGGAAAAAAUAGCAGUGCAGCCAGUUAGUGUACAGGAUGACGCCAGUUGGUUAACCCAAACCCGGGUUGUGGUUUCUGAUGUCGUUCUGCCGCAGCCUUCAAAAAUUGCAAUUCCUGAGUUUCAGGAAACAGUUAGAGUACAGCCUACGGUAAUUGUGCCUAAGCCAGCUCAAAGGACGCGUGUUGACUGGAACGAAUUCCCUGAAGAAGAAGUGAAGGAAAGGAUUCAAGCUCCUAGGCUAAGACUUCAGGAGUGGUGGCCGGAAAAACAGGCUGAAAUUACUGAAAAUCGAGUAGGAAGAACUACCUAUCGACCAGGUCGUAUUAAUCGUACAUGGCCUCCACCGCAGGACGAGAAUCAACCACCUCCAAUGGACUUUCGCCCAACAAGAACUGCUGAAGAUAACACUUGGAUUCAUGAGGGCAAUGUCGAAAUGGAAAAAACUAACGCGUGGGUUAAAGUGACAUCAAACGAAAUUCUCAAGGAAAAAGUUUGGCCUCCUCAAGAGCCUGAAAUACAAACCGGCUUUAUAGAGGGCGGGGCACGUUUACCAACGGUACAGUGGCCACCACCAGAGUUUGAACAACAAGUGCAACAAGAAGUUGAGAUUCUACAAACUCGUCUUCCUAUAAAGCCACAGCAGCGUCAGUGGCCUCCACCACCACCGCAGUAUCAAGGCACCUGUUUUCAAUAA